UCACUCUUUUCUAAUAUGUUAAGGGCAAAGCUUGCAAUAUUGGGCCUCCUUGCCCUUGCUUUGACUCACCUCCUUGAUACUGUUGAUGCUGCAAGACGAGGAGGCACCCACGAUUGCAAGCGCUCUUGUGGAGCUUUAAACAUCCGUAGCCCUUUCAGAUUCAAGGGCGACUCUCCCGAGUGUGGCGAGAAUGAACUGGUAUGUGACAAUAAUCGCACCAUUUUGGACGAUGUUGAUUAUGUUCGCAUCAACUCCUCGCUCUACAUCGAUGCCUCUCCUUGCGCCAACGCCUCCUUCUCUCCGCACCUUUAUGCUUUAUUUAGCAGAAAGACGCUCAACGCUACUGGUUUCCUUGAACCCUGCACCAUUGAAGUCCAGGCUCCGCGACCAUUUUGGUUUCGGUCUCCUAAUAUCACCGGUCUCUCUAUUUUCGAUAUUCACCAGAAGUUCCUGAUGGGUUAUGACGUGCCCUGGUUUUGGUUUCCUUGUGCUGUGAGAAUAGGACACGCUCCACCAAUGUGUGGGUGUUUCAUGAUCACAAAUUAUGACAUGUUUAUCCUUUCAGAGUAUCUUUACACUUUGCGAAUGUUUUUUACUCACGGCAUUCUACAACAAGAUCAUUUCUUUGGACAUGUUGAUGAUAGAGUGCUUAUUGCUAUUAGAACUCUACUGGGGGUUGCAUGCUUGAUUGCAGCUGUGCUAAUUAAGCUUCGAAGGAGACAUUUGUCUAUGGAUGAUACAAUUGAAGAAUUUCUUCAAAUGCAAAAUAACUUGUUUCGAAUCAAGCGUCUUGUUGCAAUAAAAUUGUUAGAAAUGUCGAAAUCACAUAAGCAAGAUUUCAUCAAUGAAGUUGCUACCAUUGGAAGGAUUCAUCAUGUUAAUGUGACAAAGCCUACCGAUCGUCCUUCAAUAAGCAAGGUCUUGGAGAUGCUUGAAGGGCUAAAUUGGGCUAGGCCUUCUACGCAAUCCCCAGCCCAAGGCUCGGUGUUUCCCCUUUCACUUUUUCUCUGCAUAUUUCUUAUUCGACUCGCACCAAGAGGGAAAGCCAGUCACCCAGCAGCCAUGGACUUGGAAACGAACUUCGAAAUCAGCCGCACAGCAGAGUUUAUUCGAAGUAGGAAUUUCACCAGAGUUGCUUUGCAGUUCCCAGAUGACUUGUUGAAACAUUCUACGAAGGUGGUUACUUCAUUGAGAAAAAAGCUUGGGUCAGGUAAUAAAGUUGGGUUAUUUGUAAUGGCAGACACAGCGUACGGAAGUUGCUGUGUUGAUGAGGUUGGAGCUUCCCAUAUUGAUGCUGAUUGCGUUGUUCAUUAUGGACAUACCUGCCUCAGCCCAACCUCAACUCUUCCAUCAUUCUGUGUUUUUGGAAAAGCUUCCAUCAAUGUGUCCAGUUGUGUGGAGAAGUUGUCAAGUUUCUUUUGGACCGAUGGCAGACCUACUGUGGUUCUUUAUGGGUUAGAGUAUGCACAUGCUAUAUCACAGAUCAAAGAAGCAUUGGUGGAAGCUACGCCUAGGGCCAAAGUGGAACUCCAAUUUGCUGAUGUUAUGUGUUCAAUUAUUAAUCCAUUAGAAGAUAAUAGGAGGUCCAACGGACUCCUAGGGCUUUUGGGAAGCUGUACUAAUAACAGUUCAGGUGCAGAAACUGGUACUAGGUAUAGCCUAGGAGGCUUGAUAUGGGAUCUACCAGAGGGACAGAGAAUGGAGGAUUACAUGCUUUUAUGGAUUGGGCCUGAUAAUUCAGCUUUUGCCAAUGUUGUGCUGACAUUUAAUGGCUGUGAAAUAGUGAGAUAUGAUGCAACAGAGGACCGGUUAGUGACAGAUGUUUCCCAACAGAAAAGGAUCCUUAAGCGUAGAUAUUAUCUAGUGGAGAGAGCAAAAGAUGCUAACAUGGUUGGGAUUUUAGUAGGAACUCUUGGUAUAGCUGGCUACCUUCACAUGAUUCAUCAGAUGAAGGAACUGAUCAUGGGUGCUGGGAAAAAGGCCUACACGCUUGUCAUGGGAAGGCCAAACCCUGCCAAACUGGCUAACUUUCCUGAAUGUGAUGUUUUCAUCUAUGUCUCCUGUGCUCAAACUGCUCUUUUGGAUAGCAAAGAGUUCUUAGCACCAGUUAUUACUCCAUUUGAAGCAAUGCUAGCUUUCAACAGAGGAAGCCAAUGGACAGGAACAUAUGUGAUGGAAUUUCGAGAUUUGAUUAAUUCUUCUCCAUUGGAGGUAAGGAAACAACCAGAAGAAGCACGGUUUUCCUUCCUUAAAGGUGGAUAUGUUGAAGAUUUUGAACUUCAAGAGAACGCAGAUGAAGACAAUGAAGGAAGUCUUGCUUUAGCUAAUGCAACAGAGAAGGUUCUGCAACUGCGUGACACAAGCCCUGGUUCUCUUGUCAAAAGAGUAGCUAAAUCUGGAGCAGAAUUUUUUGUAACUCGAUCUUACCAUGGUCUUGAAAUGCAAGCCAACAGUUCCUUGCCUGAACCAUAUUUAGUUGGAAGAAGUGGAAAGGCAUCGGGCUACAAAGAAGAAAAAAUUGAGCAUGAAACUUAGUAAUUUAGUGUAACAAGUUAAGGAAAAAUGCAGGAUUGAAGAGAGCCAAAUUGGCAUUCGAGGUACUGAUGUUUCGACCAAGCUUGGUCAGGUGGAAAUCCCGAAGCCGUUAAAACUCAUUAGUGGGUUGGCUUAUAAGGAGUGGCAAGGAGAAGUUCCAACUCUGUACUGACAUCAGCAUAUCGGUCAGGAGUGUUUGCACUGAUGUCCAGCACCUUUGGUCUGAGUAUAGCUCGGUGCUUAGUUGAUCGGUCUCUUGUUUCAUAAAUGUGUUGGUGCAUGUACAGUUUUAUUUCAUAGUACAAAAAUGCUGAGGUUGGUUGGUUCCAGAAACACUUCAUUAUUUUUAUAGUAACACAAAAUGUGUCAACCAAAAUGUGUGGUUGAUGUAUUGAAAAUUUGCUUAUCUAUCUGAGCUUGUUUUGCUGUCAUUUUUAAGUCCUUUAGAUAUGGUUAAUGCCAAGGUAAUUAAUCAUUAGUGUAUGGUUAGUGUUGAAAAUUUUGUAAGCAUUUGAGUGUUUAUUUCUAUUUACCAUACUUCUUAAUCUUAA